AUGCUCUCCCUCACCGCCCGUACCACUCUCAAACGCAGUGCAGCUGCAGCUCGAAGGCCCGCUGUCGCAGUGUGCACGCCUCGCUCCUACUCCAGCACAACGAACGAUAACGAUCCAGAGGUUCUGGAGCUCGAGAAGCAGCGCAACCUCUCCAAGAGCCAGCACAAGACAUCUACCACAGUGGAAAAUGCACCAGGCUGGAACGAGUACCUUGCCAGCGCAUCAGAAGCCGCCGUCAAGGCGGACCGCUCAGAGAUCCCUACCUCCGAAUUGGAGCAGCGCACGAUCGAACACAUUCGCAACCGGCACCAUUCAGAGCACACGUCCUCUGCCUCCUCCAAAACGGAGCUGCUCAGCAACGGUGAGGGUACCAUCGAGUCCCGCGAGGCCACGUACGAGCGCGACGAGAUCUCUGGCCCCCUCAAGGGUGCGCCUGCCCACGAGACCAUCGAGCGCGAGUACGAGUACGAGCAGAAGCAGACCAGGAAGCCCGAUUGA